AUGGCAUCACAACAGCAUACACUUCCCGACGGAAGGAUCAUCUCUUACGAUCUUUCUCGACCGCUGAAGCCAGAGUCAACUCCGGAGCCCGUAGUUCUUCUUUCGAAUUCUCUGGCAGCUCCAUACCGAUCGUGGGAUCGAGUAGUCGAGGUCUUGCUGGCAGAAGGUUACGGUGUGCUCCGUUACGAUCAGCCUGGACAUGGCAAGACUUCGGCACCAUCGAAUCUGGACUCGACGACGUUUGAGUCCAUGGCCGACGACGUCUUGUCCCUUAUCCAGGGUCUGAAAAUCAGCAAACUCUACGCCUGGAUUGGUGUUUCCAUGGGUGCCGCUAAAGGCGUCGUCUUCGCGGCGAGGAAUCCCGGGAUGAUAGGAAAGCUCAUCGUCUGUGAUACCAUAUCCUCGUCACCGAAAGUGGCGGGCAUUACCGACGUUUUUGGGCCCAGGACCGAGCUGGCUCAGAAAGAAGGAAAUAUGAACUCUCUCGUAGAUGCAACGAUAGGCCGUUGGUUUUCGGAAGCCUGGCGCAAGUCAAACCCACGAGAGGUCCAGGAAUUGCGCAAAAUCAUGAUGGACACGACAGUUGAAGGGUUCGUGACAUGCUGUCGGGCGCUGCAAUCGAGCAGCUUCGACCUGAAGUCACUGGCCCUGAAAAUGGGUGAUUCGGUUGACAGCGCUCUUUUGGUGGUUGGUGAGCUCGACGCCAACUUGCCUCAGGAGAUGGGUGUGCUCCGAAGUAAGAUCCAAGAAGGGUUCGAUGCUUCGGGGAAACCCAUCAAGGUGGAGCUGAAAGUGAUCCAGCAAGCAGGUCAUGUCUGCUACGUCGAUGGCUUCGAGCAGUUUUGCAAGACUGUCAUCGAAUAUCUGAAAAGUAGUAAUUGA